CAUGUUAUGGUAUCGUGACAGUCCCCACUGGACCCUGGUUUUGUAGGAAAUGUGAAUCGCAAGAAAGAGCCGCCCGAGUGAGGUGUGAGCUGUGUCCUCAUCGUGAAGGAGCAUUAAAGAGGACGGAUAAUGGAGGCUGGGCACAUGUUGUCUGUGCUUUGUAUAUUCCAGAAGUUCGAUUUGGUAACGUGACGACAAUGGAACCAAUAUUGUUAUCUAUGGUGCCACAUGAUAGAUAUAAUAAGAUGUGUUAUAUCUGUGAGCACCAGCAUCGAGAAAGCAAGGCGCGUACUGGCGCUUGUAUGACGUGCAAUAAAAAUGGAUGUAGGCAAUCAUUUCAUGUAACGUG